AUGGCUACCCAGCUCUUCCGUUUUACUACGCAACGCCCAUUUUUAUCUAGCUGUCUGAUUUCAAAGAUAGAAACGACGUUUGGUAUUGUUGUGCUUGGGCCAUACAUUGAGCCAAUGAACUAUGAGACUGGGACUGCUUUCUCCACUAUAGGUUGCAUUAGUCUUGAAGAGCUAGAUAAGAAAGUACAGCGAUUGUGGGAAAUGGAUCACGUCCGUGACUCACCAAUCCGAACAAAAGAGCAAGAGAUUGUUGAGCAGAUGUUUAUAGAUACGUAUUACCGGGAUGAUUUUGGACGCUUUGUGGUGACAAUCCCCAUAAAAAGUGCUAGUAGAUUAGGAAGCUCCCGUUCAAUUGCAUUAAAACAGUUUUUCUAUUUGGAAAAGAGAUUAGCUAGGGAACCCGAAAUUGCUCGGAAAUUUAUAGAUUUUAUGCGCGAGUAUGAGCGACUUGGACACAUGAAAGAGGCUCAGAAUAGUCCGCCUCCUAGUGAGCUAGUGUACUAUAUUCCACACCAUUGUGUGCUUAAGAAAUUUCGUGUUGUAUUCAACGCUAGUUGCAAGACCGAUCAGGAGUUUCUCUAA